AUGGCUUCUCCCUCGCCCAAGUCGGUCAUUGUCACGGGCGGCGCCAGCGGCAUCGGGCUGGCCAUGAGCCGGCACUUUGCGUCGAGCGGCCACCGCGUCGCCAUACUCGACGUCAACGGCGGCUCGGGGCCGGCCACGGCCGCGGCGGUGGCGGCCGAGUUCCCGCAGGCGCGCGUGUUGUUCCGCAAGUGCGACGUGUCGUCGUGGGCCGACCAGGCCGCCGCCUUUGAGCACGUCUACCGCGAGCACGGCGGCCACAUCGACAUCGUCAUGGCCAACGCCGGCGUGUCCGAGCAGGGCGCCACCACGCUGGUCCACCGCCUCGAUGAGGAAGAGGACACGCCCUCGCCGCCGAACCUGGCUACCAUCAACAUCAAUCUCGUGGGAACUAUUUACUCCGUCAAAUUGGCGGUUCAUUACAUGAGAAAGGGCGCCAAGGCGGGCGGCAACGAGAGCGCGUCGAGGGGGUCAAUCAUAUGCUCGGCGUCCAACGCAGGGCUCUACGCCCUCCCUGUCGCGCCGCUGUACGCAACGUCCAAGUUUGGUGUGGUGGGGCUCGUCCGCUCGACGGCGAGGGUCAUUGCCAGACUGAACAUUCAGAUCAAUGCCCUGGCGCCGGCAGUGCUGGACACCAACAUCGCCCCCAACAAGGAUCUCUUCAAACACAUGGUUGUCACGCCCAUGGCGACGCUCAUCCGCGGCGUCGAUAGGUUUCUGGCCGACCCGGGCCUGACGGGUGCUGUGGCCGAGAUACACGGCGACAGUGUCACUAUACGCCCUCCGCACGAGUACGUCGACGCCGAGAGCGAGCAGAACAUUGAGACAUUUUGGACCCUGGGCUACGCGUAAUGGGCUUGUGUUUGGGCCGUUGGCUGCUCUGCAACCGGGACUGGUAAGGGGGGGCCCGCAAUGGAAAAGGAAAGAGAAAGAGAAAGAGAAAGA